AUGGGCUCAAUGUGGAGCUCUGCUCAUGGAAAAGCUCUGCAUAACUCACAUCUACAUGAGGAAAAGGGAGAAUCAGUUCAGGACGACAGUAAUCCAGACGUCAAUGAUGAAGACAUUUUCUACGAGACAGUGGACACUUUUUCGACACAAAAAGAAGAUUUAGUUCUUCAAGAACUUGAAAAUCAAAACGCCUGUUUAUCUAAUGAGGAAUCAUACACGAAAUCAAGAUUGCACUUCCCCAAUGAUGAAAAAAUUAUACGGUCUGAUUGCUCUGAAAACUGUGAGAGUACUAAUAGUAUUGACAGCAAAGGCAGCGCUUCUGUAAAAUGUGAAGGAUUUAGUAGUGUUGUUGACAAGUCAACUGUCUGGACUGCUCAUAGUUCUCCAACUGAAGACCUUUACACAGAAUCAAUGGCUGUCCGUUAUGUGAGCUAUCAAGAGGAGGGGAAAAUACACUCUCUACAUCAAUCCCCUAAUAUGAACAAUAAUAGUAAGAGUACUUUGGAAACUGAGCGCAAUGAUGGAAUUCGGAGUGUAAGUCCAUGUAAAGAAGAGAAGAAAAAUGUCAAGGAGUGCAGGUCUUUUUCCCUGCCGUUAAUCACAGAGGAAGACGUUUUCACUGGGAGGCAUGCGAAAAGCACAUCUGAAUCAGAAUUCGAGAGACCAGUGAAGAUAUCUCCACAAAUAAAAUCUAACAUUCCUUCUUCAUGUGCGUGGCAGAUUGAUGUUGACUGUUUUAAAUCAAAGAAAAGAAAAAAGCCACCUCAGAAGUAUCUAAGAAACAAAGAGAAUACUGUAGAGUCUGAUUACAAUGACGGCAGCCACAGAAAAGUGCAACAACAUCUGGUUUCCAUGGAAAUUGCCACUCAGGAAAUGAUGGAGAGAAGGAAAGUCUUGGAUCUCAGAAGAUGGUAAUUGAUACAGUCAAGCCUUCACUGACAACCACCUCUCUACAAUGGCCACCUCUCUCUAACGACCACUUUUUUUGGUGGACAGUCCAGUCUUCUGUCCUCAAGGUGGCUGUUGUCGAGAGGUUCAACUGUACAACUGUUUGUUAGAAAACAGUUAAUAUUCUUGGAAGUAUGACUUUACACUGAAAGAUUCUUAUCUGUUUUCAUCCUUAACAAAUAUAUAUUUAUUUUACAUUUUUUAGAAUUUAGCUUCACAUCUUUUAACACUAGAAUAACAUUGUAUUUCUCAACAGGUAUUGUAUAAGCCGACCCCAGUAUAAAAAGUCCUGUGGGAUUUCUUCUCUUGUAUCCUGUUGGAAUUUCCUGUUUAGCUCACUUGGUGCUGGCAGGUAAAACAUUCUGAUAAAGAAUGAGUACUUUCACAAUGACUCAUGUAAGAACUAAAAUUAAUUUAAUGCAGAUCUUUUGAAAUUUCUAAUUUUUCAGCAAAAAGCCACUGACUCAAGAAGAGGCAUUAACAAUAUUGGGAUUUAAGCCUCCAUUUGGAGAAAUAAGAUUUGGACCAUUCACAGGAAAUGCAACUCUUAUGAGGUGGGUAGACAUCUACUGUGAUUGUGAUUCAGCACGUCAUCCAAAAGACAAAAGAUAGCCUGUGAAUACAGCCGUCUCUUCUCGCUCUUUGCUGCUAGGGACUUUUCAGAGGAGAGACAUGUACAUCUGCACCUCAAUGACAGAAAUUCCAUACUGAUGACUUAAAAUCUGUCCAGAAUCUCAUCAGAUUUAAUUGGUCGACUUCAAUAUUAUUUUGUUUUACCUACUGUUUACAAAUGAUGGUCAAAACACAAAAGGUCACAAGAUUAAUUGACCAUUCCAAAAAUUUCCGGUUCCCUUAUCUCUAUCUUAUUCUCAUUGUGUGCUACAAGAAUCAUGUAGCGCAAUUAAGACACAAUUCAUGUCACACAGGAAACAAGGCGCACCUAUUGAUCUUGUAACUUACUCUUUCAAGAGCAGUACUGUAUUUAGUGAAUGUUAUGUGUGUGUUGAUUGCAGAUGGUUUAGACAGCUAAACAACCACUUUGGAGUGCGGGGUGAAGCUUACUACCUCUAUAAACCUAAAGGAAAGAGUCGCACCAUUGGUCUCAGUGGAGAGGAAGCCUUGCGUCGGCUGAAAAAUGGACUGCAUGACCCUCAGAUGGCCUUUAUCUAUCACAGUUACAAUCAUUAUUUUUGUCCCAUUGGUUAUGAUGACUCACCCAGCAAGGCUGUUGAUGCUUACAGGUGGGUAUUAACCCUAGAUUUAUUAAAGACACCUGAAGAGUGACCAACGUUGGUUUUCUCCUAAUAAAAUCAAUACAUCAUCAAGUGAACCGACAAUGAGAAUUAAUAAUAUGACUAGUGACCAAGUGAACAAUACUGAAUUGAUCGUAAAUCAAAUUCUCUCAACUAAUCCUUGAAGGAACGGUAUGAAGAUUAGUCUGGAGAAUUUGUCUGUGGGAAAUUUGGCCAACAUACAGAUUUUCCUUAGUUACUUACCCUUUAGAAUUUCUAUGGUUGCUAAUAAAUUGGUACAGGUUGUGUAGUGAUGUCAUGUCCUACAAGAUGUAUGCCAUGAAUAAUUUAGUGUCUUUGGGGAUUUUUAUGCAUUAGGGAUGCAUGCGCAAGACUCAGAGGUAACAAAAUCACUGAUAAUCUCAAAGAAACCCGUUAUGUUUAACUAUAAUUUCAGGUCACAGUUGUACGAAGAUGAAGUGGAAACAUGGAUUUUGAUUGGAGACACCAGCUGCAAACAUCCUAGCAUUCACUGCAAGAGGUACUGAGUCCCAAGUGUCUUUUGAUCCACUUAUAAAUUCUCCUUAUGUCUACUUGUGAACAAAGGGAGAAUUUGUCAUGAGAUCAAGAGUCACUUGGAGCUAUUUUGUCAACUGCAUUGUUUCCUAAUAAUUUAACAGGCAAGGCAUGGCUUAACCUUAUAUCUUUUCUGACCCAAAUUUAAUAAUAGUUUAACACCCCAUUUCUUACCUCAAUAAUGAACACCCUACAAGAUGUACUAGUUCAAAAAAUACAUCCAAAGUCUUAACUGAUUUUAUAACCAAAAAUGUGGUAAAGAGAAAAUAAUAAUAAUUCCACCCCCCUAUAGCUUAAGUUAUAAGUAGGUCGAAUAUGAUCAUUUGUGCAGGUGUAGUCCUGAGUAGUUAUAAAUAGUUGUAUUUAUCUUCCUUGUGAAAGGCACUGAAAAUGACUACCGCGUAGGUUGUCAAAAUAGUACUUCACAGGACUACAUUCAAUUGGACAAUAUUACACCUCUAGAAGUUAAUAAUUUUCUGAAUUUCCCAGGUGGAGUGACAUUGACACAGACCUGAACAACGAGUCCCCCUUCUACCUUAACAUUCGUCAACUUCAUGAAGGAAUUAAACAAAGGAACACUAAAAAGACAGGUGGGAAUCUGCACUGUAUCAUGGCUUUUCAGAAAAGUACAUUCCAGGGCUUUAAAAAAUUGAAAAUUCCAAGUCAACGAAUACAACAAAUGGAGGAAGAAGAAAAUCACAGUAAUAGCAGUGGGGAGGAGGAGAAUAGUCAAAGUGACUCCAGUGAUGAAUAG